AUGUGUGAAUUGAAAACAAAUCUCUUAAUUAAAAAAAAUUUUAAUUGUAAAAAAUGUAAUAACUACUUUAAACAUGAAGAACAUAUUGCAUUAUUUAAACAACAUCAAUAUCAUUUUCAUUGUUUUUUAUGUCUUAAUUGUAAAAAACAACUUUCACAUGAAUCAUUUUAUUUUGAUGAAAAUUUACAAUUAGAUAUAUCAAAUCCACAAGUUUAUUGUGAAAUAUGUUAUUUAAAAAAAAGAUAUUCAUCAUGUUUAAAAUGUAAUGAAGUAUUUACUCCAUUAUCGAUUAUAAUUGAAUUUCAAGGAGAAAAAUAUCAUAAUGAAUGUUUUAUUUGUUCAAAAUGUGAAGUAAUAUUACGAAAUCAAAUAUUUUAUUUAAAAAAUAAUUUUUUAUAUUGUCAUUCAUGUAUGAAUGAAAUUGAACCAUGUAUAAUGACAUUAAAAUCUUUAGAAAUUUUGAAUGAUUAUCAAUGUAAAAAAUGUAAAAAAAAUUUUCUUGAAGGUGAAACUAUAUCAAUGUAUGAGAAUGAUUAUUAUCAUUCGGAUUGUUUUCGUUGUGAAAACUGUGAAAAAUUAUUAAUUGAUCAAGGAUGUUUUCGGCAAGAAAAUGAAUAUUUAUAUUGUUUAAAUUGUCAUAUUGAUAAUGGACCACAUUGUACAAUAUUUGUUAUUAUUUCAUUAACAUGUGGAUCAUUAUCAUCAAAUCCUAUAAGAACACAACAAUCUGAUGAAAGUUUUGUUCAAAAUAAAGAACAAUUUAUUCCAACAAAUGAAUGGCAAAACGUAAAAGAAGGUCAAGCUGUUCCACCAGGUCUUCAUGUUCGAUUGAAUUUAGAAACUGGUGCUCGAGAAGCUAAAUUACUUGAUAAUGAUAAUAAAGAGCAAUCAUCAUCAAAUGAUAUGAUACCUUUAUCAACACAUGUUGAUGAACAAGAAAGAAUUAGUAAAGAAAAUCUUGAACGAGCAUUUGCUAAUCUUGAUUUCACUAAAGAUGAUGUUAAAACCGACCAGAAACAUGAAGACGAAGUCAAAGCAAAAUUUCGUGGAUAUGAUGAAUUGAAAAAAGAUUUUGAAUCAAUGAAUAUGAAAGUUCAAACAGAUCAAGAAAUUUUAACAGAUCUUAUGAAUAAAUUACGUACAACAGAUAAUAAUGAAGAUCGAAAAACAAUAUUAACUGAUCUUGAAUAUUAUCUUCAUCAAUAUGAUAAUGCGAUAUUUUUUGCUGAUAACAAUGGUCUUGAAUUACUUAUGCAAUUAUUAAAUACAACAAAUACUAAUAAUGAUGUUCGUCAUUUUACAAGUCUUGCAUUAGGUGCAGCAUUUCAAGGAAAUCCAAAGGUACAAUCGAAAGGAUUUAAUCUUAAUUUUGUUCCAUAUUUAUUACGUUUAUUAAAUAUUGAAACAGAUAAUAAUAUUAAAUUUCGUCUUCUUUUUACAUUAUCAACAUUAUUAAGAAAUUAUCCACAAGCACAAAUGAGUUUUGUUGAACAUGGUGGAAUAGAAACAAUAGUUAAAAUUUUUGACGAGACCAAAUCUCAUUAUAAACUACAAAUGCGAACUAUUGAACUUAUGGGUGAUCUUAUUGCUGAAAAGGAUAGUGAAAUGGAUGAUAAACGACAAGCUUAUGAAAAUAUUCAUAUUCGAGCUCAAUUAAUCAAGCAUAAUUGGUGUGCAAGUAUUUCUCAUCAUUUUUCAUCGACUGAUUUUGAGAAUUUUGACCAUAUUGAAAAGAUAAUAUUGGCUAUGAUUCCAUUAACAGAUGCAUGUCGAACUAACUUUGUUUCCUUAUUACCCACUCUCGACAAACUUAAUGAUGUUUAUCAGAAGAAAAAUCUUAAUGAAGAUUCAACAUUUACCGAUCUCAUAACUAAUAUUCAACAUCUUCAAACAAAUUUAAAGCAAAUAACAUCGAACGAUUUAUAA